AUGGCGAUUGACCCCAAAGACCCAGACGGCGACUCUACAAUGACCUCCUCUGUCGACUCCAUCCGCCCCGACGACGGUACUAGAACCGGCGCCCGCACUCCGACCGGCACCAAUCAAGCUUCCUCGGCUGGCGUUGACGUAUCGGAGCUUUCCCCUCCCGGCUCCCAGACAAAGCAAGAGGUUGACGCCUCUGUUGGUGAUAUUGGGACUGCACUGGAACACAGUGGAGGACAGCCUGCGGAGAAGACGUUUGAGUCGAAUGUUGCGGCGUGGAAGAGCAAACGUGCUCAAGAGGAUUACCAGCGCGCUAUGGAGUAUAUCGUUGAUAAAGAUUUCAAGCUAGAUGAAUUCGGGGACCCUUUUGAUGAACGUGACUUGGCGGAGAAGUUGCUAUGA